AUGCGCAACGCCUCCUUGGCAGGCACUUGUUCCUCGCAAGUUGUGCGGGGCUUAACGCCACUCUUUAGCCUCGCAUACAGUGAAAAAUUCCCAGCACCUGCUCCCUCUGGUGUGCAACAAAUAGGGUUUCAUAUUUCAGAUAUCCAGGCACCGGUGACCGGGGCAACCCGGGGACAAAUGAAUCAAGUAGACGCUUAUGUGUUCUUGGACUUUGUCUUGUCUCUGACUUCACUUUAUACUAUACGAAUGAACGAGGAAUAA